GCGCAGGUGACAGGAGCCCGGCGGCUCUGCUCCGCCGCCUAGAGCCUGGAAACUGUCAUUGCGCCCAGGGACCCUCGAGCUGAGCAGCAGGAGCCGACCCCGUACGUAGGGGCCGGCGGGCGCACUACACUGGCAGUCUGAGGGUGGUGUCUGAAGUCAGAUGCUCCCUGUCUUUUCCUUGGCCUGGGUGACAGGCUCGCGCUGCCCUGCUCCGGGAGUCCCGGGUUGCCCCGCCCAGCCGCCCGCGCCCUGCUCGGUGCGUGCAGAGUCCCCGCCCCCAGUCCCCACCCCCCGUAGCCUUAGGGGGGCACCCCCAUUGGGGCUGGAGGGUGGUCCGUCGUGCCCUGGUCGCCGAGUGGCGAGAGGUGACGGUAAGCUCCUUCCGAUUUCCGCCCGCCUGGCAGCGCUGAGGGGUAGUGCCAGUCGGGAGGCGCUCGGUCCUCCCUCGGCCCGCCCGCCCGCGAGGGGGGCCGGCCCUGCUUUGCCAGCGCCUUUUUUCCCCCCGCACCGCGGCGCCGCUCCGCCACUUGGGCACCUCAGGGAGGGCAGGAGGCUGGAGCGCCUGCUGCCCGCCCGCCCGUAAAAUGGUCACCUCGGCUGGACAGCUCGCCCUGUUCGCGCUCGGUAUCGUGUUGGCUGUGUGCCAAGCCCUGGAGAACAGCACGUCCCCCCUGAGCGCAGAUCCGCCUGUGGCCGCAGCAGUGGUGUCACAUUUUAAUGAAUGCCCAGAUUCCCACACUCAGUUCUGCUUUCAUGGAACCUGCAGGUUUUUGGUGCAGGAGGAUAAGCCAGCAUGUGUCUGCCAUUCUGGGUACGUGGGUGCACGCUGUGAGCACGCAGACCUCCUGGCCGUGGUGGCUGCCAGCCAGAAGAAGCAAGCUAUCACUGCGUUGGUGGUGGUCUCCAUUGUGGCCCUGGCUGUCCUCAUCAUUGCAUGUGUGCUGAUACACUGUUGCCAGGUCCGAAAACACUGUGAGUGGUGCCGCACCCUCAUCUGCCGGCACGAGAAGCCCAGCGCCCUCCUGAAGGGAAGGACUGCUUGCUGCCACUCAGAAACAGUGGUCUGAGGAGCCCCAAGGAGGAGUUUGGCCAGGUGGACUGUGGCAGCCUGAUGGAGAGAAGCCUCCUAUAGGUCAGCAGCACCAGGGAUGCCUGGGAUUUGCCAGAAGACCUUUCCUACUUUGCCUGUGAUCACCUGUGCAGCCUUUCAUCUUCUGUGGGCCUUCAAAACUCUAUCGAGAACUCUGUCUGCUUGGAUUUGGUAUGCUCUGGAAAAGAAGUCAGUGGAUCACAAUUUAAAGACUGGUUAAGUGAUAACGGCAAAGGAGUGGCCUUCCUGUUUACCUACAUCGGGUGUGUGCAACGGUCUCCCACCAGUCAUGGAUUCCAGGCUGUAUUUCUUCUUAAUGGGCUACCUCCCCUCAACAGAAUCCUGCCCAAUACUGGAGAUUCUAUUGUUGUUACUUUUUCUCACAUGGCAUAGAAAGUGGUGAAGAGGAAAUGGCUUAUUGUUACAUGAAGACAAGUUUAAGAAAAUGCAUGUCCUCUGCCCACAAGGCCCUCAACCAGCCUGACACCUGCCAUGCACACGUGAUGUUGAAGACCUUCCCAUACUGUUGCCACCCUUGGAGAUAAUUUCAUAUUUAUUAGAUGGAUAGUGAUUUUUAAUUUCUUAAGUCAAUGUAAAAGAGCAUAAACCCCUCCAGAGGAAUUAAUGAUGUAUGUAUUGCUGACUGAUAAGUUAGACUUACUAGAAAUGUCUGGCCUCUUUGAGACAGCUAAGUCUCGGGGAAAGCCUCCCAAGGGCUGUGGGGAUGGAACCAGAGGACAGGGUUCCGACAGAAGCAAAAAAUUGGGGCUCAGAGUUCAUGAUAUCUAAAGACACAAAAUGGGUAAAUGCCCCAGGGUACAUUCUGGUAGAAAAGUUAGCAACUCUAGCAGCAAGGACCUGUCCCCUCUGUUGUGGGGAGAGGACAGGAGGGCCUGUGUGUGUACACAGAGUAAAUACAACCUCUACUGUCUGGUAAAGCAUCAGCUUCCUCAUGAGCCCAGCUUGGGCAUUAGCAAGCCAUGGGCAUUUCAGGCUGAAUCCAUGAAAGGGGACCAGUCCUUUAUUUUCCAUGUUGUGCUUGGUUGGUUUGUUGCUUUAUGUUUAAGAGAAGAAGUUUAACUUUCCUAUUUAUUUUUAAGCAUUAGGAGAAACAUGCUAUUGGUUUUUCCUUUCCCUUCCAUUCAGAAUGCCAGUUUUAUUAACUAAAAUACUAAGAAGUCUCUCACUUUCUGCUCAAGAGGAGGCAAAAUUGUCCUCCCGAGACUUGAUGACAUUAUGACCCACCGGUCCAGUGUGAGUCCCUUCAAACUGACAAAAUUGGAAACAGAAUAGCAAUGAAAUAAUAUAUGAACUCCUAUGCAAGGAAACUCCUACAAUGAAAAGGGAAAGACUCCCACCUAUUAGCCCUUCAGUGCACCUAUCUUGUCACAUCAUGAAAGGGACUUUUAACAUGUCAAGUUGGUUUGAAAUUUCUAUCAGAAAACUACUUCCUUAGUCUAUUAUUUCUAUGAUUUUUUUUUUUGCAAGACAAUGAUCCCACCUGUCUUAACUUUGGUUAUUUAAUGAUGUCGCACAUGAGCAUUAAGUGCUGAAAUUGGGUCUGUUCAGAGCUUGCCCCGAACAGCUCCAGGUGUUUUAAGUGUUAAAGAUAAUAGGUUCAAAUUGUGUUCACUGGGUCAGCCCUACAGCAGCAGAUGAGUGGGCCAAGACCUGACUGUAGCCUCCUGCUCAGAGACCAAUCAACUGACACUGGUUUCUUACUCAGCUUUCUCAACAGACCCUCCUAAAAUUCCGAGAUCCUGAAUUAGACUAAGUAAAGAAUGUCACUUUGAUGUUAAGACAAUCUUUCGUGGCCUAUUGGAGACUCUGGGAGGUCUGGCUGCUUUUAAAGAGUAUGAACUCAUGUGGAAAUAUUUCUUGGGGCUUUUUAAAAUUUUUUUUUGCCUAAUGGAUGGAAGCACCAAUAUCCAGCCUAAAGACGCUAUCAGUAAUUGGCAUCCAAGAGACUUGGCAGAGGUGCGAGGAUGGACAGCUGGUGGAAGCAGAGGUUCCCCACAAAGACCUCGGAUUUAGCCUCUGUGAAUGUUCCAGUUCUCAGGUUCCAGCCAUCAUAGCUGCCAGUGCUUGUUCCUGUGCCUGUCCCCUCAUAUAGUGAUGGGGUUCAAAUGCACAUACCCCUCAGAAGUGCCUUCUGAGUCAGUCCUUUGUAAACCAGCAGGUCUGAAGAGGGUCAGAAGCUGAAGUCAGGUUGAGGCAGGCCUGAUUGGACCAUUGUCCACACCCUGGAUUCUUUGCCAAUUUCUCUUUUAGAGGUCAAAUGAUGACAAAUUGUACCAUUUCCGGGCAAUAGUAGUCCCUUGAUUAGCUAUAAAAAUAUUCUCUUCUUAGCAUAAAAAAUGUGUUUAACUUGCCAUCCCUGCAGAAUUCCUGUUUCCUUGUCCUCCAGAAGGCCAAGUGUUCAAAAAGGUAACCAUCCCAGAGGCCUGACCUGGUAAGCAGUCACACAUCUAGCAGCGAAGAACAUAGCUAUUUCCAGUGAGUCAGGAGACCAUGAAAAGCUCCCCAUUAAAAAAAAAAAAAUUUUAAAGGCCUGUAAACCUUUACAAAACCUAGAUGUACUCUCUGCUCUAUAGACUGUAACAUUAAAUAUACUGACAGGAAACAGUUUCUACUUGGAAAGAUACUCAGCAGUCAGUUCCUAUCUGGAAGACAGGGCUCCAGCUAGACACAGGUGGAACUAAGCAAGGGAUGGGGUGGCCAUUGUCCCAGAAGAAGAGGUGGGCACAAUGACUCUAGGGUGCUUUUUUUUCUGAGCGAGGAAAAAGAGGAGGGAUUGACAUUCAUCCACCCACAUUGGUGAGGGAGGAGGAUUUAUAGUACUGAAACUUCUUGGGAGGGCAGGAUGUGCUUAGCAAAUGUAGAAAACAGUCUGAUGUCUCCCAGCCAGGUUUUCUAGGACUUGUGAGCCACUGGUUGCUUUUUCCAGGUAAUUUGCCAGGGAUGGACCAAUGAUCCCUUAACAUUGCUCAUGAGGCCCAACCCCUUAGUAGGUUCUGGGAUUUCUCUCUCUUACUAUAUGUCCAGCCAAGGAGGGAGAAUGAUCAACCAGCCCAGAACCAAGAGGCACAUCAGAGAAACAAGCAAACAUGUUCGUUUUUAACGUUCUAACAUAAGACCUGUUCUCUCUAGCCACUGAUCUUACUUUAGGCUUUCUGAAAAGACCUAGUAUUGUGUGUACACACACACACACACACACACACACACACACACACACACGAGUACUGAAAAGAAGCCCCUCUUCCUAGUGUAAUAAUUUACUGAAAUGUUCAACUUUUCAUUACAACAAACCUGGUGUUGUUUUUUUUUUAAGAACUUAUUACUCUGACUUCUGUAUAUGUUGCACUGAAAAGGUUAAUAUUUAAUGUUUUAAUUUAUUUUGUGUGGUAAUUUUGAUUCCUGUAAUGUGUUAAUGUGAUUAGCAGCUCUUUUCCUUAAUAUCUGAAUUAUACUUAAAGAGUAGGGAACAAUAUAAGAUACGGUUGUGUUUUUUCAGGAAUAUGCAUUGUUGUUCAGUUGUACUGUACCUUGUUUGGAAGGAUGAAGGAAUGAACACUUUUUUCCUAAAUCAA